AUGCUGCUUGACUGGGGUUCCGUGGCUUCCCUGGUGAAGCGUAUCAAUAUUCCCACCACAGCCUCAACCACGCCAGAUGUGGUCGCGGAACGCCAAAGAGAUCCAUGGUCUCAAUCAGGCAAAUAUGGGCUGGGCUGGGUCUACUUUUGUAUCAUCCUGCUCGCCCUCGCGGCCGUCAUUCGCUAUUACCAUGUCUGGGGAGAUAAGAUGAGGAUCGCAUUGUGCAAGGAAGAUCAAGCAGACACAUCGCAGACCAACUCUCCUCAGGACGAGUAUGAGCUUCCAAGCGCUGCCACCGAUAGCUCUGAUGCCCAAUUCUUCCCAGCGCGCGGCCCUCUUCCUGGUUUCAAGAAACAACAGUCAUCAGUUUCCACCAUCGCGCCGCUGAACAACGCCAUUGCGUUCAUGCGAUGGAUAUUCUAUCGACCGAUUCCGUCGCUGAAAGCAGGGAAGCUGCACAUUGUUUUUCCGUCGAUGGGGGCCUCUGCAGUGGUGCUUGUGGCCUUGAUCUUCGUUACCCUUUACUGUUUUGUACCACAGCCGCUCUAUUACACAUCCAUCGCCAUUGGAUCCCCUCCACUGGCCAUCCGCGCUGGUAUGAUCGCUGUGGCCAUGGUUCCUUGGAUUGUUAUGCUCAGUACUCGGGCAAACUUCAUCAGCAUGCUAACCGGAUUCGGUCAUGAACGUCUCAACGUGCUUCAUCGCUGGGCGGGCUAUCUAUGUUUGUUCCUGAGCCUGAUCCAUACGAUUCCGUUCUUCGUUACGCCAAUCUGGGAAGACGGAGCUCUCAUAUGGUAUCAACAAUACCUUCCGCGCCACGUCUGGGUCUAUGGGACUGGCAUGGCGGCGUUCGUGCCUCUGAUAUUUCUAUGUGUUCAUUCUCUUCCGGCGCUCAGAAGCUGGAUGUAUGAGCUUUUCCUUCUCAUGCAUUUGCCGGCUGCUGUCGUCUUUGUCGCCAUGCUUCUCUGGCAUUGCAAGAACUUCCUUGCGUCGUGGGACUAUCUUUGGGCCACCAUCGCCAUCUGGCUUAGUUCGUAUCUUGCACGGCUAUUCUAUCUCAACUGGACCAACCCCUUCCGCAUAUCAUUCCUGAUCGGAGAAGAGUCAGCAGUAACGAUGCUCCCGCAUAAUGCCAUCAAGGUGACGGUGGCAACUCGGAUGCGAUGGAAACCAGGCCAAUAUGUGUAUCUCCGCAUGCCAGGUAUCUCGCCCCUUGGGCGCCACCCUUUCACAAUCGCCUCCUUGUGCAGCGACGAUUUUCCAUCCAAGUACGGAGAGGCGUACCGCGACCUCACGCUUGUCUUCCGUCCCUUCGGCGGCUUCACGCGCAAAGUGUAUCUCAAGGCAUUCGAACACGGUCCGUACAAAACCUGGACGGCAUACCUCGAAGGACCCUAUGGCGGAAUGCGGCGCGAGAUGGCCGCUUUCGAUGACGUGAUCUUCUUCGCUGGCGGCAGCGGCAUCACCGCGAUUGCAAGCCAGCUUCUGAGCUUGAUCAAGAAGAUGCGCGAAGGCAAAGCCGUGACCAAAAGAGUCCGAGUCAUCUGGGCCCUAAGAAGCCCGGAAGCCAUCGAGUGGUUCCGGGAAGAGCUGAGGAUCUGCAGAGAACACGCUCCCGCAAACACAGUGCACUGUCACUUCUUCCUCACAGGCCCCAGACAUGGAUCCCCACCGGACAGCAACCAGCCCGGCAACGGCCUCGUCCAGGAAAAGAUAUACAACAUGCUCCAAGGCAUGGACAAGCGCAACUCGGCAUACAUCCGCGCAGCAGCAGCCGGCGAUCUCGACCGCGAGAAAGAGCUCCGCCGCGAGAACGAAGACGCCAUCACCUCUCUGCCGCGAAUCUACACGUCGCCCGUGGCCAGCAGCAGCCGGCAGUUCAACACCCUUGGCUUUGCGUUCCCGGGUACCCCGUCUCCACCACCCCAGAAAUCAGUGCCGCGAUUUGCCGCUCUUCCCUUGCAGAGGAGGGAUGGCUGGCGGAUCGAUCGCAUGCGGCCGGAUAUUCCGCGCAUGCUUGCGGAUUACGCGCAGACCUUUGGCCGCCGAACAUGCGUCUUUGUCUGCGGACCGCCCAGUAUGAGAAUCGAGGUCACGAAGACGGUGGCGCGGCUACAGCAGCUGGUGAUGAUGGACUCGUCCAAGGAUGAAAUCUUCCUGCAUGCUGAAAAUUAUAAUAUUUGA